AUGUCAUCCAUCGAAAGUUAUUUAUCCGCACAGAUAUUGGCUGCUAAAUCAAUAACCGAUAAUGUUUAUGAUGGAAUUGUUUAUGUUUCUCAUUCGCUUUCGGAAACUGCAAAAUACGAAAUCCUGAAACCACUGUUACCAAGCAUUACUGCUUACUCUGAGAUCCAUAAAGAUAUCGAAAAUACUACUACACUGAUUGCAGUCGAUAGAAAUGUUGUUCCGUCUAGGAAGCUGAUUUUUGCAGGAACAGGACCAGUUAAUCGCGAUCACGAUGACGUGCGCCGUUUCGGUAUAGCUGCUCGAAACGGUAUGAAAUUAGCUUUGAAAACUGGCAUGAAAGCACCGUUAAUUUUAACUUUACCACAUAAGAAAUACCCACAGGCAGAGUUAGUAUCAGCUCUUGGCAUAAUGCAUGAACUCUAUAUACCACUGAAUGUACGAGAAGAGAAAAAAACCAAAACGCUAAUGAAAUUAGUAAAAGCACUUGAUGCAUCAUUUACGGUUUGUCGCGAUAUUGGCGAUUCUGAUCCUCAAAGGAUGUCACCACCUUACGUCGCAGAGUAUGUUACUAAUGCAUUUAAUGGAACAAACAUCAGCAUUCGUAUAAUAUCUGAUGUCACUGAAAUUGAACGCGAAUUUCCACUUAUGGCAGCUGUAAAUCGUGCAGCAAAUAAUGUCAAAGAUCAUCAGGCACGUCUAAUAUGGCUUGAGUACAAUCCAGAAGGUUCUUGUAACGAGACGAUCAUGCUUGUGGGCAAGGGUGUUACAAUAGAUACUGGUGGCGCUGAUUUGAAAACGGGUGGAAACAUGUUUGGGAUGUGUCGCGACAAAUAUGGUGCUGCAGUUGUUGCUGGUAUUUUCAAAGCUUUGGAAAUUUUGAAGCCAAAGCAUGUUAAGUUUUGUGGCUACAUGUGCAUGGUCCGAAACAGUAUUGGUUCGAGCUCUUAUACAUGUGAUGAAAUAAUUCGUUCACGUAGUGGUAAACGUAUUGCAAUAUAUAACACUGACGCGGAAGGUCGUAUUACGAUGCUUGAUCCUCUGACAAACAUGGUUGAGUUGGCCAAAUUAGAGAAGAAGCCACGAUUGUUCACAUUGGCUACACUGACUGGUCAUUGCAUACUGAGCUACGGCUACAUGGCAGCGGCAAUAGAUAAUGGUCCGGCACGUGUAGAUCAUACCGCUGAAACAAUUCGUGACUGGGGUGAUGUAUUUGGACAACCCGUUGAAGUAUCGCGGUUACACUGGGAGGACUUUGAUUUUCACGAAGCUGAAAGUGAGGCAGCAGACAUACGACAAUCAAACACAUUACCAUCAGUGAGAACACUACGUGGUCAUCAAGGGCCAGCUGCAUUUCUUUUAAAAGGUUCAAGACUGGAUGAACAUGGAUGUGACUCAGUGACUCCUAUUGCAUAUACACACAUUGAUAUGGGUGCUUGUAUGGGAUCACAUCCUAAAGUGAGUUAUCCCAAUCCAUUACUGGCGCUGGUUGCAACGUACAUCUUUCCUCAUAUCAGUUUAUCGUUCAAGAUGUGA